AUGUACGCUGUGGCUUCCUUGCUUUACAGCCCCGAUUAUUUGCCCGGGGCUCUUGUGCUAGGCCAUCGUUUGCAAAAAAUGGCGCCGCCAGACACAGAUUUGGUGUUGUUGGUGGACUUGCCGCGGUUUUCCGACCGCCAGAUCUCGCUUUUGGCCCAGGUGUGGACCCGCUUGGUCGAUGUCAAUGUGGUUCUGUCUCUGUUGGUGAGCCUUUUGCGGCACACAUUGAAAAGACCCGAGCUUGCACAGACAUACACCAAAAUCCACCUCUGGGGGCUCGACUACAGCAAAGUGUUGUACUUAGACGCGGACACGCUUCCGCUUUUGGACGGACAGACCACCGUGGUGGACCUUUUGCGUCUAGACUUCCCCAAGGGAAAGAUCUUGGCUGCUCCCGACUCGGGCUUCCCAGACAUCUUCAACUCGGGCGUUUUCGGUUUGCAGCCAAAUAAAGAUGACUACCGCAACCUUGUGGCCCUUGCUGCAAGCAACAACCCCGGCGUAUCGUUCGACGGAGCCGACCAAGGUUUGCUCAACCAGUAUUUCAAUGCGAAUCCCGACUGGGUCAGUCUCCAGUUGGCCGGGCAGGCCCCGACCUCUAAUUGGGUCCAGAUUCCCUUUUUGUACAAUACAACACCCACAUCGCAGUACGAGUACUUGCCGGCGUUCAACUAUUUCACUGGAAACCCUGGUCCCAACGGUUCUGAUUCCUUAUCUAGCCCCGAUGAAUUGCAUCCGGGAUCCGUUCCUCAAGAGCUUUCUUCUGUGUUUGAAACCCUCGGCGCAUAUGGUUCGGCCGCUGCAAGCUACUUUUCAAGUAAAGGGCCGCUGGUGAAAUUGGUGCACUUUAUUGGCCCGCUCAAGCCUUGGAAAAGCGAAGGUUCAGGCUUGUUUCAGAAAUGGUGGGAUGCAUGGUACGACUAUUCCCAUGGUUUGUCGAUCCAUGAAAAGCUUGGGGAAAAACCGUACUCCGUUUCCAUCAAAAGGUUGGUUGUGCCUGGCCUGGAGCCAGAGCCGGAUAGAAUCUACCCUCAAGACUUCCAUACAGAUGUAAGUGCAGAUUACCACAAAGACGUCAACACAAAUGCUUAUUCUGAGCCCCAGCAGGUGGAGGAAAAUAGUGCUUCCACAGAGAAAGUCUUCAAGCCAGAAGAUUUGUGUGAUCCUGCCAACUAUCAGCAUAUGUCUACGCCCGAAUUUCAAUCCGCAGCUGCGUGGGAUGCUACUGUGGAAGAGCCUCCGCGUACAAGGCCGGAGAACGUUUCUUUCACAGACGAUUUGCAAGAGUAUGAAAACGAAUGGGAGCAUGUGGAAGAGGAAAUAGAGGAAGAAACCAGAGAGGACGAAGAAGAAGAGGAGUUUGUGGAACAGGAAGAAGCGGAGGAGGAAGAGGAGCUUACAGAAUUUCUCCAUCAACCUCAAAAGUCAGAUGUGGACUAUUUUGGGUUCCAUAGUAGCCAAGUGGCGGAACGUGUUUUCGAUGAGAAGUCUGAUUACAAUCCAUUACACUCGCUUUUGAAGGCCAAAGACCAGCUCUUGACACUGAUAAGUAAAAUGGCUAUUUCUGAGAAGGAAUCAGACACAAAAACGGACGCAAAGACAGACACACCAGCCCCGAAGAAAGCGGAAACGGUGCCAGUGGAUGAAAAGCCAAAGGAUGAAAAACAAGAAGAUAAAAAAGCAGACGUGGACACUUCUGCAUCAGAAGUCGGCAGCUCCAAGGAACAAGGCGUUCCGAAACUUUUCCCAUGGGAGUUUAAGACGUCGGUUGCGCCGGAACGUACCUUCGGCAUUUAA